GUUACGCUCUCGGUCAAAAAUUCAGCUUAGAAUGUCACUCGACACAGAUAAUGCGUAUUAACAUAAAUAUAGUCAGUCAGUCGCUCUAAGAGUGGGCUGCCUGAGGUCUGGUGUAGUGAUGUCUCAUCAAACGAAUUGAUACGUCAUACGACUAGAGUUAGAAUUAUGUAUAAAAGUUAAUAGUGAUGUAACCUUAAUUUUUGUAACUCAAAAGUGACGUGUUAAUAUAAAAUAAGUAUCUAGCGUGAGAUACAUUUUAAAUCUAAAUUCAAAAAGGAAAAUCCUUCAGUGCCCUAGUGGAGUAUAAUUAGUUUUUAUUUAUAUAAGUAACUAAUGCGCCCUUGCUUUUCGUCUUCUGGUCGAACGUAAUAAAAGAUGUCUCGGAGGAAGCUGGUGGUGUGUGGUGCUGGGGCAGCCGGGGCCGUGGUCGCGGCGUGGGCCCUCUCAGCAGACGACAGGCUCGGAUCGUGGUACAAAUCGACAACUGUUGCAGCUAAGUCUGAGCGCAGGAAACGUCCCCUACCUUCCCGUACGGACCAGAUCAAAAACCUUCAGGCGGGACACACUUAUGAUGUCCUCAUUAUAGGUGGCGGCGCCACUGGAGCUGGCUGUGCGCUCGACGCUACCACCAGAGGUCUUCGCACAGCUUUGGUCGAAGCUGACGACUUCGCCAGCGGCACAUCGAGUCGGUCAACGAAACUCAUUCACGGCGGCGUGCGCUAUUUGCAGAAAGCCAUCAUGCAGCUCGACUACGAACAGUACAAGAUGGUGAAGGAAGCUUUACACGAACGCGCUAACAUGCUGGAGGUCGCGCCUCAUUUGACAAGACCGUUACCGAUAUUGUUGCCAGUCUACAAAUGGUGGCAAGUGCCUUACUACUGGUUUGGUAUCAAGAUGUACGACUUGGUGGCGGGUGACAGAAAUUUGAAAAGCUCAUACUAUCUAUCCAAAAAGAACACUCUAGAAUUAUUCCCUAUGUUGAAAUCCGAUAACUUAUGUGGUGGCAUAGUAUACUAUGAUGGGCAGCAGGAUGACGCUCGUAUGAACCUGGCUAUCGCUCUGACCGCCGCUCGUCAUGGAGCGACCAUCACCAAUCACGUCUCUGUUGUCAAAUUGCACAAGACCGACGGCAAGCUCAGCGGCGCUAGAGUCCGAGACGAAUUGACAGGCAAGGAAUGGGAUGUAAAAGCCAAGUCCAUAAUAAACGCAACAGGUCCCUUCACGGACUCCAUCAGGAAAAUGGACGAUCAAACUAUUAAAGAUAUCUGCUGUCCGUCAUCUGGCGUGCAUAUCGUGCUGCCUGGAUACUACAGUCCCGAACACAUGGGUCUUCUGGAUCCAGCUACCUCUGAUGGUCGCGUCAUUUUCUUCCUGCCGUGGUUGAAGGGAACCAUCGCCGGUACAACGGACAUGCCUUGCCAGGUUACUCACAACCCAAAACCAACCGAAGAUGAAAUCCUCUUCAUCCUCACCGAAGUCAAGAACUAUCUCAACCCGGAUGUUGAAGUUCGUCGUGGGGACGUUUUGUCCGCGUGGUCUGGUAUCCGGCCCCUGGUGUCGGAUCCCAACAAGCCGGACACGCAGUCCCUCGCUCGCAACCACAUAGUCCACGUGUCGCCCUCCGGCCUUGUCACUAUCGCGGGGGGCAAGUGGACCACCUACCGCGCCAUGGCAGCUGAGGCGGUAGACGCGGCCAUUGAAAGCUGCAAUCUAAAGCCACUUUACAAGGAAUGUCAAACCGAUGGAUUCCUUAUCGAAGGUGCUCACGGUUGGACUCCCACGAUGUACAUCAGAUUGGUGCAAGACUUUGGACUGGAAAUGGAGGUCGCACAACAUCUGGCCAAGUCGUACGGAGAUAGAGCAUUCGCUGUGGCGAAAAUGGCGGCUAUGACCGGCAAGAGAUGGCCCAUUAUUGGUAAAAAGAUCCAUCCCGAGUUCCCUUACAUCGACGCCGAAAUCAGGUACGGCGUCCGCGAGUACGCGUGUACAGCGGUGGACAUGAUCGCUCGGAGGCUGCGGCUGGCGUUCCUCAACGUGCAGGCGGCGGCCGAGGCGCUCCCCGCCGUCAUAGAAAUCAUGGCCGAGGAGCUCAAGUGGAACGAGGCCGAAAGACAGAAACAAACUAAAAUAGCGGCGGAUUUCCUCGCCAAUGAGAUGGGACAGAUGGUGAAUCGCGCGAGUCGUGACAAGAUACCGAUCAAUCUGAACAAGGAAGAGAUUCAGACGUACAUCAAGCGGUUCCAGAUCAUCGACAAGGACAGGAAGGGCUUCGUCUCCAUCAAUGACAUCAGGAGGAGUCUCAAGAACUAUGGUGAGGAUGUGACCGGGGAACAGUUGCACGAAAUAUUGAGAGAAAUCGACACUAACAUGAAUGGACAAGUCGAACUCGAUGAAUAUUUACAGAUGAUGUCAGCUAUCAAGUCAGGACAUGUAGCUUACUCAAGAUUUGCUCGAAUGGCUGAACUGGAAGAGGAACACCAUGAAAAGGAAACUCUUAAGAAGAAGAUCACUGUUGAAAGGAGCGGGGGAGGGUUGUAAACAUCUCAUAGAUUAAAAAGAAGUCUAGCAUCAAUAUGUUUGUUAAUAGAAAUGACACUAAAUAAGUAUUAUUAUUUAUUGUAGUUUUUACGUGAAAUAUGGCUGUAUGUAAAAACUUCUUUCUUAAUAACUUAUAAUCUUAAACUGUAUGUACAGAUAAUAAAUUUUGUGCAGAAAUAAUAAAUUAAGCACGAAUAAUGUAAACAUUAUAAAAAACCUUAUGAAAUGUCAUAUAUUAUCAAAAUUUUGUAAGUUUAUUCAUACUGCACUUAAAUCAAUCUAGCACAGUAUUAAUAAGUUACCACAUUUUUUGUUAACAUAUUUGUGUAAUAAAUACUAAUAAUUAUUUACAACCUCACGCAUAGCGUAUUCCCAAAAUCGUCCUGAAGUUUUAGUGUUUUUGUGCAAUAAAGAUAUGAUGAUAUAAA